AUGAUAGAGAAUAUCUUACCCUAUUUAGAUAAGGACGACAUUAUUAUUGAUGGUGGUAAUUCCUAUUUUACCGAUACAAUUCGCAGAGAAGCGGAUCUAAAGAAAAAAGGAAUACGCUUCCUUGGCAUGGGGGUAUCUGGGGGCGAAAAGGGGGCCUUAGAGGGGCCAUCACUUAUGCCAGGAGGGAAUAGGGAGGUAUACGAUGAACUCGCUCCCUUCUUAUUAAAGGUUGCAGCCCAGGACCCUGCUCCUUGUGUAGAUUUUAUGGGAAAUGGUGGCGCUGGUCAUUUUGUGAAAAUGGUGCAUAAUGGUAUAGAGUAUGCUGAUAUGCAACUUAUUGCUGAAAUAUACGAUAUAGCUAAAAAUGCGUUUGCGUAUAGUAACAAAGAAAUACACGAGCUUUUCACGUAUUUUCAAAGUACAGAUCUCAAUUCCUACCUCAUAGAUAUAACAUGCAAUAUUCUUGCUACCACAGAAGAGGACACAGAGGGUUUAUUAAUAAACAAAAUCAAGGAUGAGGCAAAAGGAAAGGGGACAGGUAUGUGGACUAUUCAAGAAUCUACCCGCCUUGCUUCGCCUGUGCCAGCAAUUUCUGCAGCCUUGGAUGGUAGAUAUAUUUCUAGUAAUCUAGAACUGAGACAGCUCUUCAACACAUUAUUUCCUGAGAAUCCAGUAGCGGGCAACACGAUAUCCCGAAGUGAAUCUCAUGCAUUAUUAGAAAGCACAUUGCUUACCGGUAAAAUUCUCGCCUACGCACAAGGUUUUUACCUCCUUAAGCAAGCAGAUAUGGAGUAUAACUUCAAUUUCAAUUUUGCUUCUAUAGCAAAAAUUUGGCGUAAUGGUUGUAUUAUUCGUUCUACCAUGCUUGAUGAAAUGUCGCGUGCUUUAGAAAAUUCGUCACUUAUUUCACUUGUUGAGGAUGAAUUCUUCCUUACUAGACUGAAAAAGAACAUUCCUGCACUACGAAAAGUACUGUGCUUAGGUAUUGAAAGUGGUAUUCCAGUUACUGCUUUAGGGACAUCAUUAUGGUAUCUAGAAGCACUCCGUGCAAAGAGACUUCCAGCAAAUCUUAUACAAGCACAGCGUGACUUUUUUGGUGCACAUACGUAUCAAAGAAUAGACAGAGAAGGGGAUUUCCACACUGAGUGGGAGAAGCUUUGA